AGGUCGUUUAAAAUUGAUAUUUACCUAAGACAUUUUCUGUUGUAGGUAUCAUUUUACACAGAAACAUGUUUCCUCAAGUUCCGGGCGUUUUGUGCCGUCUCGGACAAGUGAAAUCACCGGGAAUUCCAGCUGCAGCGCCGGUUGUUUUGCAGUUCUUCCGCGGUAGAAAACCCAGACACGUACCGAGGGCUCCGUCCAAGGCUAACUACGUAAGGAAACCCACGCCCAUAGAUCCGGACGAGCACGUGUUCUUGAAGACGGCUUACAAUCAUUACAGGACUCAAUUCCGGGCUGUCAGGAGUUUGUUCCAGGAAGAAUACCUCGCCAGGAAGCGUCAGGAGGAGGGAGCAGACACAGCUAAGAGAGAGAAGGAGGAGGAUGAGGAACACUUCAAACUGAUGGAGUUCAACAGGAGAGAGAACGAACGGAUGCACCAGGAAAGGUUGGUUCGAGAACAAAGACAAGCCCUGGAGAGAGAACAGGCAGAUCUGGAGAUGUCAAUACAGAAUGAACAGAGGGAACAAGAGAUGGUGGAACGGAUGGAUGAACUAGUCAGACAGGAAAAGGAAGCCAGUAAGCACUUCAUAACAUUAGACAAUGUGGAGGAAGCCAUUGAAAGUGCGCUCGCCGAUCCUAAGAACUACAACUUUGCGGUGGACAGAGAGGGCAAAAUAGUUCAGAAGACACCCUUCGCUGGAUGACAACCCUCAUUUCUGGAUGUCUAUUUUCUCAUUUGUGUGUACAGAGUUGUUCAAAGGACAUUUCAAGGACUUUUCAAGGACUUACAAAGCAGACUGGAUUGUGAAAUUAGCAACACAAAUCGUGAGGGGAUGCGUGAAUACAUGUACUAGUAUGUAGUCUGUGUUUAAUACUUGAUCUCUUGCUGUGGGGGAUGAUUUGCCCUUCUACCCAAUGGAACCUUUACCUUUCCUAGACUCACCAAUAGUAAGACAGGAUUCGUGAUCACUGAAAAUCUGUCCAAUAGGAGCGCAGAAUUUUUCAUCACUUUAAGAAUCUGUCCAAUAGGAGCGCAGGAUUUUUAAUCACUUUAUAAAUCUGCCCAAUCGGAGCUCAGAACUCUGUCACCAUGGUACUUGGUCAUCCCAGCCUCCCAAACCAUGGUAACAGACAGUUGUCAAACUGGCCAUGUUUGGCCCAUGUUAUCACAUACUUUGAAUAAAAAUCCUUGAUGGCUUUAUUUUGUAAGAGUCGAUGACUUUUCUGUUACCCAAUAAUGUCUUUUAUACUUUGGACAAGGAUUGUCAUUUCAGCAAAGAUACAUGUAUCAUUUUGACAAAAUGUUGCACUUAAUGACUUAUGGGGUUCCCUAAGAAGCCUUCUCAAAUGACCAAUGGUAAAUAUACAUGUACUAUCAUGUAUGCAUGUGAAUUUGAAUAUCACAAUUAAACAUUGAGUGAGUCACCAAAC